AUGCGUACUGAAAUAUUUUUGUAAUUAUUUUCGAAGAGAUAGCGUUGACAGCCCUCUAUAAAUUUAAUAACCAAAAAUAAAGUCACAUUCUGCUUUAUCUAAAACACAAAUAUCAAGUUAUAAUGAGCACAGUCAAUCAGUUUAAAGGGGAAAUAGACAUCCAGAGAUUGCCCGUAAAUUCGGAAGAACACAUAUUUCACGACUGGGUUGUAAAAUACAAGAAGUCGCACAUUUUGCAUUCAAUUUGUGCAACUACAGAAAAAUGUAAUGAUGUGUCGCAAGAACCCUGCUUACUUUGCUUAUACACACGGACGUUGGAUAUUCCUCAUUUACCGGAAAUGGUUUUCCCUAACAAUAUUUUAACAUUAACUCAUGCUUCCGGAGGGCAGAUAGAAUUCAAUGCACUAGAUGCCUUGAAAACUGUUGCUAAUGGCAAGUUACCAAUUAAAGUCGCGUGUUCUGAAGAAUGGAAUGAAUCAAGACCACCUGAACUAUUAAAAGAGAAAAUUAAACCUUUUGAUUGGACAUUCAGUAAUGAUUAUAAAGGAACUAUAGCAGGUCCAGUGACUGUUACCCCUACUGAUGAACGAAUUGAUAUUGAAAGGUUGAAAGAAAAGGAAAAAAUCUUGUUUUAUCAAGAGCUGAUGCUGUAUGAAGAUGAACUUCAUGAUAAUGGGAUAUCAUCAUGUACUAUCAAAAUUAGGGUUAUGCCCAGCUCCUUUUUCAUUCUGUUAAGAUUCUUUCUUAGAGUAGAUAAUGUAAUGCUAAGAGUCAAUGAUACCAGGCUUUUCCACGAUUUUACAACGGAUUACGUUUUAAGAGAAUUUACGAAUAAGGAGUGUGGAUUUGGCGAUGUGCAGUUACCGCUCAACGUUUUUGGUAACCCUAAUGCGUUGUCACCGCAUAUGCCUAUAAGGACAGCUCUUUAUGAGAAACUAACUUUUGGUGCGUGCAAUCCCCCAACAGAAGGUGACCAAGAUGGGUGCAGCACAAGCAAAAUAGAAUAAUCUCUGUGUAAUAUCAAUGAAUAAUAUAAGUUUGUAUAAAUUUUCCUUCUUAAAAAGUACGUUAAAUUAUGAGAAUAACCAAUAAAAAAAAUCAUGCGGUUUUAUCAAAUA